GUGAGAAGAGAAACAGAGUAACCAAAAAGACUCUUAUCGAGCGAAGAUUGGGUAAUAGCGAAAAUGACGUCGAUUGCAGCAUCUUCUACCUUUCACUCGUUCUCACCAGCCAAAAGCCCUAACCUUUCUUCGACCCAUCUUCUUCCUCUAUCGAAAAAUCUCACCUUUCGAACCAGACCCAUCGGGAACAGCAGAGUUUGCAGCUUUGAUGAGAUAACUAAACAGAGUCCUCGCCUUGGGAUGGCGAAGCUUUCGUCUCUUGGAGAAGGAGGAGAAGACGGCGUUGCGAUUGCGGAUGAAGAGCAACAACAACAGCAAGAGACAGUCUCUGUUCCGGUCUCUCCUUCAGACAUGCUCACCAUGUUCUUUCAGGCUGAUGGAACUUUGAACGAAGCAGCUAUUCCUAAUGUGACUAAGGCCUUACAGGACAUAGAUGGAGUUUCCAACUUUAAAGUUCAAGUUUCUGAAGGUGUUGCCGUUGUUGAGCUUUCAAAGCAAACAACAGUUCAAGCAACAGGAGUGGCGUCAAGCUUGGUGGAGACUAUACAAGGAGCUGGCUUUAAGUUACAAACUUUGAAUCUGAGCUUUGAAGACGAAGAUGAGGUUCUUGUCUAAUAAUUGAAUCAUGUUUCUGUUGCUCCGUUUUGUGAUUAAAGACAAACACAUUAAUGUUCCAAUAUUUAUUGUAGGAUCACUUUCUUUCA